CUCUUUGCUCUCCGUCCGCGCUCCGCGGGCAGCGCUGGCUCGCUCCACGCUGUGGAUUGUGGGAGUCGGGGACACUGCCCAGGCUCGUUACCGAAGGACGGCUGCAGUUUGGGGGCUUUUCCAGCUCUGACGCCUAUUUUAUCCUGACACCGCUUAGAGCAGUCGCAGCAUCAUGUCCAGCCGAGGGGGAAAGAAGAAGUCGACCAAGACGUCACGGUCCGUCAAGGCCGGGGUCAUUUUCCCGGUGGGGCGCAUGUUGCGCUACAUCAAGAGGGGACUUCCUAAAUAUCGCAUUGGAGUCGGAGCGCCGGUUUACCUGGCAGCUGUCCUGGAAUACCUCACAGCUGAGAUCCUGGAGCUGGCUGGGAACGCAGCGAGAGACAACAAAAAGGGUCGCGUCACUCCUCGACACAUCCUGCUGGCCAUUGCCAACGACGAGGAGCUCAACCAGUUGCUCAAAGGUGUUACCAUUGCAGCAGGUGGAGUCCUGCCUAACAUCCACCCGGAGCUGCUGGCUAAGAAGAGAGGAGCAAAGGGCAAACUGGAGAGUCCGGUCUCACCUGCGCCUGAGAAGAAACUCAAGACCGCCAAGAAACCGGCAGCUAAGAAAAUGAGCAGGAAAAAAGCUGGAGGCAAGGCUAAGAGACAGGCUGAGGUGAGCAAAGCAGCGUCAGCAGACAGCACCACAGAGGGAUCUCCAGCUGACAACUUCACUGUGCUUUCAACCAAGAGCCUUUUUCUGGGCCAGAAGCUCAACCUCAUCCACAGCGAGGUCAGUAACUUAGCUGGCUUUGACGUGGAGGGGGUCAUCAACCCCACCAACGCUGAACUUGAGCUUAAAGACGACCUAGGCUCUGCUCUGGAGAAGAAGGGAGGCAAGGAGUUCACAGAGGCUGUGCAAGAGCUGAAGAAGAAAAACGGCCCUCUGGAGGUGGCUGGUGCUACUUUAACUGCUGGCUUCGGACUUCCUGCUAAAUACGUCAUCCACUGCAACAGUCCGGGCUGGGGCUCCGACAAGUGUGAGGAGAUGCUGGAGAAGACGGUGAAGAACUGCCUGGCUCUGGCGGAUGAGAAGAAGCUGAAGUCUGUGGCCUUUCCCUCUAUCGGCAGUGGAAGGAAUGGGUUCCCGAAGCAGACGGCGGCCCAGCUGAUCCUGAAGGCCAUCUCCAGCUACUUUGUGGCCACCAUGUCUUCCUCCAUCAAGACCGUCUACUUUGUGUUGUUCGACAGCGAGAGCAUCGGCAUCUACGUGCAGGAAAUGGCCAAGCUGGAGACCAGCUAAAGCACGGAGUAUUCUCUUCUCCCCCUUUAUCCUCAGCCUUUUUAAUUUCUAUUUUUUACCCCUGUAAGGAGAGAUGACGGUGUUUACUGGUGAAUUGUUUCAUAUGAAGAAAAGAGAAGAGUUUUAAAGGCCGGGAACUUGUUUUUUGCAUUAUAUUUGUCUUCUUCCUUUAUGUCACAAAUCUAGUGUUUCAAUGUAGACGUGUGUUCAUCAUGGGAUUACACACAACAGUUCAUCAGGCAUGUUUUCAUUUACAGCAACACCUCAGUUACAAGACUUUCAGAAAAGUCUGAUAAAUACGGGUUAAAACAUUUAAAGGUAGAAUUAAAAAAAAAAGUCUGGUCUAUUUCUUUUAAAUUCAACACAUUGGAUUAAUCAUCCAAUUUUCUGUUGGUAUCAGUUCUAUAACACCUGUUGUUGUAAUGUAUUAUGAAACGGUAAAGCAGGAAGAAAAGUUUGAACUCGUGUAGGUGACUUGAAAACAGAACAGUAGAAUGAAUAUUUGUGUUGUGUGUUUUGCCUUUGUUCUUAGGGGCACAACAUUAUAUGGGUGCACUGCAAAGACUUCAGAUUCCCACAAAUAAUAUUUAAAAAAAAGUAAUUUUUUGGGUGUUUGCAGCACAAAUAAAUCUAUUUAUGGGCUGGAGGUUUUUGCAGAGCAUCAGUGGUUCCUGUUGUGUGUUCUAAUUGGUGUUUAUAUAAAUGGAGUAUUUGUGAAAUGGUACUGGUAAAAUAUUGGACCGUAACUCGGAGUUUGUACUUUUCUGUUUUAAUUUUCACAGUGAUUCUAAAUGGUAAAGGAUUUGGAAGAAGAAGAAAAAAAGAAAGUGUUUUGUGUUUUAGUCUUUUUUUUUUAUUAUUAUUAUUAUUUUUAGCCAUGCAUGUAACGUACUCAUUGUUGCUGGAAAUGGAGGCUCUCUGCUGCCUCUUUUGGUUUGCUCCUGCAGUCAUCCACCAGCAGGGGGCGCCCUGAGACCACACCUUGGAUUGGCAGCCAUCUUUUCUGCACAGAAUCAGACCUCCUCAUUGGCCGAUUUGGGUUGGAUUUGAAUUGGAAAUGAAGGACAUGUGUAUUGAGGAAUCUGACUGCUCUUCUUCAUUUGGACUUUUAAAAAGAUUGACUUUCUUAUAACAAAAGAAAAUAUAUAAAUAUAUAUAUAAAAAUGCUUUCUAAAGAUCUAGUACAAUUGAUUCUAAAGAAGAAAAGCUCUGUACACACUCCGGUAAUAAAAUACCUUUAAAAAUCUA